CAGAACCUCUGACCUGAUUGUGACCUCCCCUUCAGUUUAUUUUCUGCUCUUAAAUCGGCUCAGAUUCCCUGCAGCAGGUUGGCAGCGUUUUCUCCAAGGCAGGAAGACACAUGUUGGACCUGUCUCCCCCUUCCUCCUCCUCUUCCUCACCACUCUGCUCUACACAUCGGUUCUAAAACAGAAACACAAACUCAGUGUCAUCGCGCAGCGACACACAUCUCUCUGAGAGCUCCAGGAGGACCAAAGGUUUCAGCUCUAACAGCAAACGGAAUGAGGUGGUGGCUGGUGUGGGCCGCUUUGGGGCUCCUGGGGGUCCUGAUCCUCCCCGACGUUCAGGCUGGGGGGAGACAUCGAAACCACGAAGGAGAGAGACGCAAAGGGAAGAGAAGGAGGGACGGGCAGGGCGUCACUCGGACCAAAGAAGGACGCUCUAAACCUCUGAAGAUCCGACUGGUUCCUGGUCCAGCUAUCCCAGAAAAACCAGGAGGAAACCAAGGAGAUGCUGGAACCCUGACCUUUUACACGAACGGCCCCCAACUGCAGUCCAGCUACAGCGUCAUCCCAGGUAAGCAGGGCCAGUGCGUGUACCGCGGGCUGACCAUGUUCGACCUGGCCGUCUGGUCUCCGUCGCCGUGUGUGACGUGUCUGUGCAGUGAAGGACGGGUGGUGUGUGAUGAGAUGAGCUGUCCCAGAAUGCACUGCCCGUCCCCCGUCACCCCUGCAGGGCGGUGCUGCCCCGUCUGCAUGGAGCCAGACUCCGAGUUCAGCCUUGAACUUUCUGGUGACUCCUCAGUUCCCAGUGACCCCAGUGAGCCCAUCAUCCCGCUGACCCAGGAGGAGAUCCAGAGCAUCCUUUGGCGGGAGGAAGAGGAGCACCGUGAGGAGGAGGAGCGUCUGAGGAAGAAGGAUGAGGGCAGGAAGAAAAGAAGAAGAGAGAGGAAAGAGCGAGAGGAGAGGCAAAGGAAGAUGGUUGAGGAGAGGAGGAGGGAGGAAGAGGAGGCCCUGAGGCUGCAGCUGAAGAAAGAAGAGGAGGAGUGGAGGAGACAGGUAGAAGAGGAGGAGAGACGCCAAGAGGAAGAGAGAAGAAGAGAACAGGAAAGAAGGAUGGAAGAGGAAAGAAGGAGACAAGAGGAAGAGAGAAGGAGAGAGGAGGAACAAAGGAUGGAAGAGGAAAGAAGAAGGCAGCAGGAAGAGGAGCAACAGAGGGAGGCAAAGGAGGAGGUGGAGGUGUGGCUGAGAGGAGAUGUGUUCCAGAUGCCCUCAGAAGAAGAGCUCAUCCCCUCACCAGACCCAACACCUCCGGCUGUGACAGAGGAGCUGAGGGAGGAGCCAGAAGACAUAGAGGGGGAGGAAGAUGUGACACUACAGGUGGAGGAGGAGGAAGAGGAGGAAAGAGAGACGUGGAUCAGAGGAGGCCUCCCUGCAGGCUGCGACAUCUCAGACGUAACCAUGACCUGCGAGAACGCCAACCUGAACCGCUUCCCUCCUCUGAGCAUCCCGGAGCUCAAGUCUCUCAGCCUGGAAGGAAACAACAUCAGCAGCAUCCCAGCAGAAGCCUUCAACGGCAUUCCCAACCUGGAAUGGAUCAACCUGAAGAAAAACAAGCUGACCUCUGCUGGGAUCAAUCCCAAAGCUUUCACAGGCCUAAAGAUGCUGAGGCGUCUGUACCUGGAUGAGAAUCUUCUAGACGUGGUUCCACCUGACCUCCCCCCGACUCUGCAGGAACUGAAGAUCAAUGACAACCAAUUGAGAGGAAUAGAUGAAAACGUCUUCCGAGAUCUUAAGAACCUGGUGAUUCUGGAGCUGGAGGGGAAUUUGCUGAGUGAAGGGAACGUCAGACCGCGGGCCUUUGCACCAUUGACUCAGCUCUUCUACCUCAGACUGGGAAGAAACUAUUUCCGCACUAUUCCACAAGGCCUUCCUAAGUCGCUACUGGAGCUGCAUCUGGAGAGCAACCUGAUCGAGGAAAUCUCAGAGACGGUUUUAAAUCAGACCACAAACCUAAACCUGAUUUCUCUGAGACACAACAAGCUGGACGAGACCAGGAUCGCCCCCAUGGCCUGGUUCAACCACAGGAACCUGGAGUCCAUUGAUUUGUCCCAUAAUGACUUGUAUCUGGUUCCAUCCUACUUGCCCAAGUCAUUGGUCCACUUAGUGCUGGUGGGAAACAACAUAGAGAGAAUACCCGGAUACAUCUUUGCCCACAUGGAUCCCGGUCUGGAAUACCUCUACCUGUCCUUCAACAAGCUGGACGGGGAAGGAAUCGAGCCAGAGUCAUUCUUUGGCGCCUAUCACUCCAUGACGGAGAUGUGCCUGGACCACAACCAGCUGAUCCACAUCCCUCUUGGAAUCAGUGAAAUGACCAACUUACAUUUUCUUCGGCUAGACAGCAACAGGAUCAGAAGCAUUCCUGAGGGAAGCAUCUGCGACCUGGACAACCACGAGGAAACUAAUCUGGUGGCAUUAAGGAUGGACAACAACUACAUCGAUCCCAACAAGGUGUCACCAGCAGCCUUCUCAUGUUUACGUUCUGCUUCCAGUGCGGUUCUGAAACCUCAGAAACCCAUGUGAGCAGAAGAUCCUCAGAACCAGAGACUAACAGACAUUUGUUGGAAAGAUUCUGGUUUUGAAUCAAUGAACUAAGAACGUUCCCUCAGAUCUGUGAUGUUCAGGAACAUGGUUGGAGAAUCUUUUCCGAUCUGUCUGGACUUCAUGUUGUAAGAUUUUGGGCUGCUCUGCCCCUACAUGACACUUGGGGUCUGGUAAGUUGUUCUGCUGGGUCACAUGGACCACCUUUGGCUGUUAGACUAUGACUGAGAACUUCCAGGCUUCACAAACCAAACACAUCUGUCUCCUUAGGUAAAAUGUUAAACUCUGUAAAGUGGAAAGAACUCCUUCCCUGGAGACUGUAAAAUAGUAAUAAAGAAAUGGAAAGAA